AGUUCUAACCUGCUCGGCAGGAAUAACGGUCCUGCCUCCCGACACUCUUGGCGAGGUUUUGUUCAGUUUGCUCCGGGAGCUGUUUCUUCGCCUCCACCUUUUUCUCCCCCACACUUCGCGGCUUCUUCAUGCUUUUUCUUCUCACCAUUUCUGGCCAAAACUACAAACAAGACUUCGCAGAUCGAGCCUGCGUGCUGCCGAAGCAGGGCGCCGAGUCCAUGCGAACUGCCAUCUGAUCCGCUCUUAUCAAUGAAGCAGCCGAUCAUGGCGGAUGGCCCCCGGUGCAAGAGGCGCAAACAAGCCAAUCCCAGGAGGAAAAACGUGGUGAACUAUGACAACGUAGUGGACGCAGGUUCCGAAACAGACGAGGAGGACAAGCUGCACAUUGCUGAGGAUGACGGCAUUGCAAACCCUCUGGACCAGGAGACGAGUCCAGCUAGCAUGCCCAACCACGAGUCCUCCCCACACAUGAGCCAAGGCCUGCUACCAAGAGAGGAAGAAGAAGACGAGAUAAGGGAGAGCGUUGUGGAACACAGCUGGCACAGCGGUGAGAUUCUGCAAGCCUCUGUAGACGGUCCAGAAGAAAUGAAGGAGGAUUAUGAUGCUCUGGGGCCAGAAGCCACGAUCCAGACCACAAUUAACAAUGGUACAGUUAAGAAUGCAAAUUGCACAUCAGACUUUGAGGAAUACUUUGCCAAAAGAAAACUGGAGGAAAGAGAUGGCCACGCAGUCAGCAUUGAAGAGUACCUUCAGCGAAGCGACACGGCCAUUAUUUACCCAGAAGCCCCUGAGGAGCUGUCUCGCCUUGGCACGCCAGAGGCCAAUGGGCAAGAAGAAAAUGACCUGCCACCUGGAACUCCAGAUGCUUUUGCCCAACUGCUGACCUGCCCCUACUGCGACCGCGGCUACAAGCGCUUGACAUCGCUGAAGGAGCACAUCAAGUACCGCCACGAGAAGAAUGAAGAGAACUUUUCCUGCCCUCUUUGUAGCUACACGUUCGCCUACCGCACCCAGCUCGAAAGGCAUAUGGUGACGCACAAGCCAGGGACAGAUCAGCACCAAAUGCUAACCCAAGGAGCAGGUAACCGCAAGUUCAAGUGCACAGAGUGUGGCAAGGCCUUCAAGUACAAGCACCACCUGAAAGAACACCUGAGAAUUCACAGUGGUGAAAAACCUUACGAAUGCCCCAACUGCAAGAAACGCUUCUCUCAUUCUGGUUCCUACAGUUCACAUAUCAGCAGCAAGAAAUGUAUUGGUUUAAUCUCAGUAAAUGGCCGAAUGAGAAACAAUAUCAAGACGGGUUCUUCCCCUAAUUCUGUUUCUUCUUCUCCUACUAACUCAGCCAUUACUCAACUAAGGAACAAGUUGGAAAAUGGAAAACCACUUAGCAUGUCUGAGCAGACGGGCUUACUUAAGAUUAAAACAGAACCACUAGACUUCAAUGACUAUAAAGUUCUUAUGGCAACACAUGGGUUUAGUGGCACUAGUCCCUUUAUGAACGGUGGGCUUGGAGCCACCAGCCCUUUAGGUGUGCACCCAUCUGCUCAGAGUCCAAUGCAGCACUUAGGUGUAGGGUUAGAAGCCCCUUUACUUGGAUUUCCCACUAUGAAUAGUAAUCUGAGUGAGGUACAAAAGGUUCUACAGAUUGUGGAUAAUACGGUUUCUAGGCAAAAGAUGGACUGCAAAACUGAAGACAUUUCAAAGUUGAAAGGUUACCACAUGAAGGAUCCAUGUUCUCAGCCAGAAGAACAAGGGGUUACUUCUCCUAGUAUUCCAGCCGUCGGUCUUCCAGUAGUGAGUCAUAAUGGUGCCACUAAAAGUAUCAUUGACUAUACCUUAGAGAAAGUCAACGAAGCCAAAGCUUGCCUCCAGAGCUUGACUACUGACUCAAGGAGACAGAUCAGUAAUAUAAAGAAAGAGAAGCUACGUACUUUGAUAGAUUUGGUCACCGAUGAUAAAAUGAUUGAGAACCACAGCAUACCCACUCCGUUUUCAUGCCAGUUCUGUAAAGAAAGCUUCCCAGGUCCUAUCCCCCUGCAUCAGCAUGAACGCUACCUGUGUAAAAUGAAUGAAGAGAUCAAGGCGGUCCUGCAACCUCACGAAAACAUAGUCCCCAACAAAGCUGGGGUGUUCGUUGACAAUAAAGCCCUCCUCUUGUCAUCUGUACUUUCUGAGAAAGGACUGACAAGCCCGAUCAACCCGUACAAGGACCACAUGUCUGUACUCAAAGCAUACUAUGCUAUGAAUAUGGAACCCAACUCUGAUGAACUGCUGAAAAUCUCCAUUGCUGUGGGCCUUCCUCAGGAGUUUGUGAAGGAAUGGUUUGAGCAGAGAAAAGUCUACCAGUACUCCAGUUCCAGGUCACCAUCACUGGAGAGGAACUCCAAGCCCUUAGCUCCCAACAGCAACCCCACCACAAAAGACUCUUUGUUACCCAGGUCUCCUGUAAAACCUAUGGACUCAAUCACGUCACCAUCUAUAGCAGAACUCCACAACAGUG